AUGGAUUUUGGGCUUGCUAGAAUAGAUGUUGAAAUUCCUGCUUUUAACGAAUGGCGGGUUGAAACGCCAAAGAAUUCGACAUUUACUCUCAAACUAGAGUCAGGAACUGCAGAAAUUUUUGGUAGUGAGUUGUCGCCCGAUCUCACCUAUGUGUUCAAGGAGGAAAUGAAGUUUGCGGUUGCAACAUACCAUGGGUGCAAGAUUUCAUACACUUGUACCGUUCCUCUGGAUUUAGAAUACAUAUCGGAAGAAACGAUUUUGAAACAGAUGUUGAAUCUACACUUGGCAAUUGAAAACUGUUCAGUUGGUGGUAAGUAUCCACGUAUCUUGAUUAUAGGUCCGAAAGACUCUGGAAAAACAUCUCUUGCACGGACUUUGGCUGCAUAUGCCCUCAAGACUUCAGAAAAACAGCCAAUGCUGAUAAAUCUCGACCCUCAUUUACCACAUUUCGGUAUUGCAUCACAAUUAUCAGUAGCAAAACUAUAUGACUCCUUAGAUAUUGAAACAUCUACGAUUGCAGAAUCAUUAACCACUGGGCCAGGAACAGGCCUUUAUAGAUCGCAGGUUCCUCAUUUAAAAUGUUUUGGCCUUGAAAAAUUUAAUGAAAACUUGGAACUUUAUAAAUCCCUAAUAUCUGAACUCUCUGUUGAAUUAGACGCCAAAAUGAAGGCAUCAAAAGAUUGUGGUACUGUUAUUAUAGAUACGCCUUCUUUCAAUGUCUCUGAUUGGAAACUCAUUCAGCAGAUUGUAGAUAUAUUUCACGUUGAUUUAUUGUUGGUUGUCGGAAACGAACGUCUACUUGUUGAUCUACGUAAGAAAUUAACCUUAGAAAGUAAUGUCACCAUGAUAAAAACACCACGUUCAAGCGGAUGUAUUGAGAAGGAGGCCAAAUAUGAACGUGAUCUGCAGCAGAGAUCAAUAAGACAAUAUUUCUACGGUGUUGAACGCUCACGUUUGAACCCGUUCACUUUCCACUCGUCGGUCAAAGACUUUAUUUUUUUGCAACCAAACACUAAUGAGCCUAAUGCUGAAUUUUUGGAUUUUAUGGCGGGAGAUGCCGACGACAUAGUGAAAACAGAAGCUGCUGAUGACGAUUAUAAUCCGGCAAUGCAAAGCGAUUCGCAUUUGGCUGUUCCAAUCAAGAGGAACUGGAAAUAUAAACAAAUGUUGAGAUAUAUUGAGGAGCCAAAGGAAGUAGACUUAAUCAACUCUGUUGUGGCGAUCAUAGAUGACAAAGAUUUCAAUUUUAAUAAGUGGUCUAAAUUGGAAGGGGAUGAAAAACUUAGUGAAUUAAACAAAUUUGUAACAACACAGAGCGUUUUGGGUUACUCCUACGUUUCCUCUUGCGAUGACACUACGGGGAAGAUUAAACUGUUGGUUCCCUCACCUGUAUCCUCAAUGCCAGGCAAAAUAUUAAUUGUCACUGAAAUGAGAUACCAAGAGUAA